AUGGCUCCAAAACAAUGGGCAGCCACAACGGAAACGCAAACCGAAGAGAUUGAGCCGGACUUUGAAGAAAUUCCGGAUAAGGAGAAACCGGAACUUCUGCCACCGGAGGCCAAAUUAGAAGCUGCACAGAACGAAAUCCUACUGGCAGCUCAACGAGAUCAGCCCAAACAGGAAGAUGAUGGAUAUGAUGACCCCUAUCAACUGCCUGACUAUACAGGGACUUGCCAGUUUUGUGGGGAGUCCGCACCUGACUUCAAAAUGGAGGGUCGCAUUGAGGAGCACUACAGAACGUCUUGUGUGUGUAUGACCAGAUGCCGUUACUGUUCCAAAAUUGCUUUGGUAGCUCAGUUGGAUGAACAUCUCAUCAAUCGCUGCUCUUUUCUGGCCGGACAAAUGGUUCCAUGUGAUGCUUGUGGAAUGGCCAUCGACGUUGCAGACAACGCUAAUGGAAUGAAACACCCAAUGUGCAGAGGCAAGACGACCAUGUCGCCUUUUAGGGCUGUGUCCGCAACGAGCAGAAGACUUCCUCCAAAUGGCGCCAUAUGGUGUCCGCUAUGCUCGGUGGCUGUUGACGACACGAAACAGGCAUGGAAAACACAUUUGCGAGAGGUUUGUUACAAUAAUCCAAGGAGAGACGGGCCUGAUCCAGUUCCUCCAGUACAACCGAAUAUUCCCACUGAAAAGAAGCCAACUCGCCCGAGUUCAACAGCAUCUGCAAAGUCGGCAAGUAAACGACGCAUGAUCGACGCCGAUAAAUUGGUAGCUGCUUUGCAGGCUGUACAGAUAAAGAAGAAGGAAGCGGCCAAGAAGAAGGCAGUAGCAGCAGCAAGUGGCGGAACACCAACUACUGUCACCAACUGA